CUCACUCACUUCCUUAUCAGCAACACAUCCACAGCAGCUAUGAAGAAGGUCAUUCUUUCCUGUCUCGUAGUGGUCGCCUUGGCUCGGCCUGACAAGCCUGCUCCUGCAGGAUACGGCUACCCAGCCCCUGCCAACCCAUUAACUUACGGGCCUCCUCAGCCUGCAUACUCUGCCCCCGCACCUGCUUAUCAGGCUCCCGAGCCAGUGUAUUCCGCCCCUGCCCCUGCUUAUCAGGCUCCUGAGCCAGUGUAUUCCGCCCCUGCCCCUUCUUAUAAAGCUCCAGAACCAGUGUAUUCAGCUCCUGCCCCUGCCUAUAAAGCCCCAGAGCCCAUAUACGAGGCUCCUGCUCCUGCCUACAAGGCUCCAGAGCCUACUUACGAAGCUCCUGCCCCUGCUUAUAAGGCCCCUGAACCUACUUACUCUGCUCCUGCCCCUGCUUAUAAGGCACCUGAACCCACUUACGAGACUCCUGCUCCUGCCUACAAGGCUCCCGAGCCUACUUACGAGGCUCCUGCUCCUGCCUACAAGGCUCCCGAGCCUGCCUACAAGGCUCCUGCUCCUGCCUACAAGGCUCCUGAGCCUGCCUACAAGGCUCCUGAGCCUGCCUACAAGGCUCCUGCUCCUGCCUACAAGGCUCCUGAGCCUGCCUACAAGGCUCCUGCUCCUGCCUACAAGGCUCCUGAGCCUGCCUACAAGUACCCUGAGCCAACCUAUGAAACUCCUGCCCCAGCCUACAAAGCUCCUGAGCCAUCAUACUCAGCUCCUGCUCCCGCCUAUAAGGCUCCGUCUUACGAGAAGGGAAUGCCUUUCGACUUCGCCUACGGUGUCGUAGACGCUUACAGCGGCAACGACUACUCCCACAACUCCAACUCCGACGGCAACGUCGUCAAGGGCGAAUACCGCGUCGUUCUUCCCGACGGCCGCACUCAGAUCGUCUCCUACACGGCCGAUCACGAGGCUGGCUAUGUGGCCGAGGUCAGCUACGAGGGCGAGGCUCAGUACCCCGAAACCAAGCCCUACCAGCCAGCCCCUGCUUACUCCGCCCCUGCUCCCGCUUACUCCGCCCCCGCCCCUGCAUACGAAGCUCCAUCCCCUGCCUACGGCACUCCGGCUCCAACCUACGAGACACCUGCACCUCUCUACGGCGCGCCCCACAGCUAAGCUUCCUACUAGUGCACUGGCCGUAUAUAAGGACGAAAAUAUUUAUAUGACAUUUCAAAUAAAAUAAACCUAUGAAACUA